UGCUGCGUCGAGUAUAUGUAUGUAUGCAUGUAUGUAGGGCGUGGUGCUUUGGUGUUUGUAUAUUGCCCCUCAACUGAAUUGGUCCAGCGAUUACGACAGACUUUCCGCUUCAAUCCUGAGGGUUAUCGUCACACGAUUAUUCCUCGCCUCCGGGAUCACCCAAUAAUGGGGAGAACUCAUAUAAAAAGAGUUGCUCGUCACCCAGACAGCAUCAUUCGAUCUGCUCGCAUCCUUUGGCUUAACAAAGCUCAUAACACAACCGCAGUCAUGGCAUUCAAGUUCCUCGCUUUCGUCGCGAUGGUAGCAACGGCGCGCGCCGGCUUCAUUGGCGCUCCAGGCGCGAUCCAAUACGCGUCACCAGUGGCGGCGGCACCAGUUGCCAAAUUGGCCUACGCCGCGCAGCCCGCAGUCUCCUACGCUGCUCAGCCAGCGUUGUCCUACGCCGCUCAACCAGUGGCGUACGCCGCACCCGCCGCGCAUGUCCAAGUUGCGCACGCAGCUCCAGUCGCUCACGCAUACGCCCCAGUGGCGUACGCCGCAGCUCCAGUCGCCAAAGUCGUGAAAACCGUCGACGCCGAAUACGACCCCAACCCACAAUACAGCUACGCCUACGACGUGCAAGACGCUUUGACCGGCGACUCAAAAACCCAACAGGAAUCUCGUAAUGGAGACGUCGUGCAGGGAAGUUACAGUCUCGUCGAGCCCGACGGCACCCGUCGCAUCGUCGAAUACACCGCUGACGAGCACAACGGUUUCAAUGCCGUCGUCCACAAGGAACCAGCUCAAGUUGCCGUGAAAACCGUCGCCGCUGCUCCAGCUCUCGUCAACGCUCACUACGCCUCACCCGCUGCAUACCAUUUGUAAAAAGUUUCAACAUUUAAAUACUAAUGUUCACUUUUUUUGUAUAUUAGACCCUUGGUUCUUAGCCUCAACUAUAGAAUGGAAUCGUGUAAAUUGUUUCUUGUAAAUAAAAAAACUCCUUGUGUGAAUGAAA